GCUGGUCACACUGGCUUGUCUGGAUCCAGAUUUCAGCUCGUCAACAAUUGCGCACUAAAUUUUCAGUAAAAACAAACAAGUUGGUCGUGCGGAGACAUCGAGAACACAGCACACGAGCAGCCAUGACAAUUCUGGGAAAACUGCGGGGACAGCCCACGGACCAGGAGAAGGUGCCCCUGCCCAUGAACCUCAACGACGAGGCGCUCAUGCACCAUGGCUCCCUAAUCGCACCCAAGGUCGCUUACAGCGACAAUGAAGCCGACGCGGAAUCCAUGGUCUUCAACCGGCCGCAGCACCAUUGCAUUAAGUCCUUUCUGCUGUUCCUGAUCGCCGUGGUCGUGAUGCUCCUGGGUGUCCUGGGCGGAUGGACCCUGUACCGAGUGUACGCUCCGUCGCACAGCAGCAUGCGCUACCACGCCCUGUGCGAGAUUCCCUAUCCGGAGGACUCGAUGGAGAUGGCGCGGGUCUACCCGCGCACCGUGGAACCGUUCGCCCUGAACUGGCGCUCCUUGCUGCCCGAGCUCGCACAACCGAUGCCCAACAGUGGAUCGCUGGACGAGAGCCACUUCCGCGAGGACAUCGAACUGGACGGCGACAGCGAUGACGAGGGCUACGCACGCGUGGACGUGCCCGACUUCAAGGAUGGACGUAGAGGUCGCUUCAUGCACGACUUCAAGGAGAACCAGUCGGCCAUUAUCGACACCACCACCGGACGGUGCUUCAUCAUGCCCUUGGAUCGGGACACGACCCUGCCCCCGACCAGCUUCGUGGAUCUCAUGAAGAAGAUGAGCACUGGCUACUACAACAUAGAUACGGAGCGCGUGCGGCGCCAGAUGCGCGUGGUCACGCCCCGCAUCACCGAUGUUUCGCUCAUCUCGGAGCGGAUUGCCAACGAGUGCUUCGAUAUGAAGGUGUACAUGAUGGAGAAGUUCGUCUCAGGCGUCUCUAAGAGAUCGGCCGAUCCGCUGCCGGAGUCAGCCAAGUACGCCGAGUUCAUGGGCAAGGGCGUCAUCGAGUACGACUUGGCCAACAUCGCCGAGGUGGAUGCCUACGAGGCCAACGAGGCUAGGCAACAGGCCUGAGCUUUGGAGAAGGAGGAUCUUUUAAGCUACAACACCCAUAUGAUAACACAACCUAAACAAAUUAUUACUUAGAAUCGAUUUAUACAUACACAGAGUCAUGCCUACAAGUCUAGAUCUGGUUACCACUGGUUAGCAGGACACACACCCACUCCGGGUGGAUAUAUCAUCAUUGGCCAAGCGAGUUUAGCAAAUUAUAGACCCUAGUAAGGAAGCAUAACGAAAAUGUACCUAGAACGCAAUCAAAAGCGAUCGACGAAAUUGUGACAAAUACGUGAAAUGUAUUAGCCUCGAGGGCGAAUUGAGAGGAUGUGGAGAGAUCGGAUCGGAUUACGGAUCGGUACACGCGCACAGACACUGCGGCAUUCCAAGUACAUAUUUUAUAUAUAUGCUCUUAAACUCUAUUCUAACAAUUAAUGUAUAGAACGGAUUCAGAUCGAAGCUAUUUACAGCAAAAACAACCUGAGGGCGGACAACACGGCAUGCGUAAGAGAAACAAGUAAAUUAAUCUAAAUGUUCUUUAAACUACUUACAUGUAUUAAACGCGAAUUUGUGAUCUUUA